UUGCCUACCGCCUUUAACAAAGAAGAAGAAGAAGGCGGAAGAGGAUGUGAUCAGAGCUUGUUGUGUUUAAGGUUCCAGCUAAUAACACGGCUAGGAUACAUUACUGAAAAAAUGGUGUACGUGUCGAAUGGUCAGGUCUGCGAUAACCGGAUGCAGUCACCAUGGCGGCUGUCCUUCUUUGUCGAUCUGUUCUGGGGAGCUGUGGAGUUUUUUGGCCUUUUUUUUAAGACAAUCGUUAACCCUGACAUGACCAAAGAUGGAAACAGUGGUUCAUCACGCUUCAGCGAUGGCAGAGGUCCUCCCCGUCCCCCAGGUGGCAGAAGAAAUAUUGGAAGAAUAAACCAUGGUGCAGGUCCUAGCGCUCCACCAAUGGGGGGAGGAGGAUGAGGAAGGUAAAUGCCUACAAUUGAGGUAGGCGUGGGGCUCGCACGCUGUCUUCUUCCUGAGAAGACUGUGACAUCUGAGUGCUGAAGCCCCUCUUCAUCUGCUGCUGCUGUCUUCAAACAGCUUCUUGAUGCCUUUCUGGGAAUUCCUUCAUAUAGGGGCCAGAAUGGCUGAUAAAGCAGCUAUCUACAUCAUUUCUCCUCUUUUACUUUUUCCACCUGUACACUUUCUUCCUUCCUAUAGAUAUGUCAGAUUUUAUUCAAGACUUCGAUCAUACACCAUGAACGUAACUUGUUUUGUGUUGUUUGAUUAAAAAAUACUGCUUUCAAAA